AUUUAAACUCUUUUCGUCCCAGAAACGUGAUUUUCGGUUAAAAAGUGCGAAUUGAGACAACUGUCAAAACCUUCCUAACCUCCAUUAUUUCGCACUUUUAUUGAUUAAAUUUGCUGAAAUAGCUAUAUUAAAUACGUGACAUUCAUAAUUAUUAAUACAUUAAGUUAUAUAAUGUAACUUUAUAGUCUAUAUUCUGUGAUCUCUAUAAAUUUAGUGUCCUCGUGCAAAAAAGACUGAAAUUUUCGGAGCAAGUUUGCUAUAAUUACGUGUUGUUUUGGUGUAAUGUGAAAUAAUUUAAUAGUGAAAAUAGUGCGGGAAAUAUGAGGUGUAAUUUUCACUUGAAAUGAAGAAGUGACUGAAUAGAAAUGUUAUUUUGAUUUGUGCUGCUUGUGCAUUAUUAUAAUUUUCAUCAUGGUACUUUGGAUAGCAGUUUUGGCGCUAAAUUGUCUACAUUUUGGAUCUCCUCUGAACACGCCUGAAAAUCACGGCUAUUGUGCUCCUUACAAUGGCAAAAUUUGCAAAAAAUACCUUACUGGAAUUGGCAAGGUAUGGUUUAACGAUACACCUGAUAAUCCUGGUGGAUGGUUAAAUGAACAGAUUACAACUAAUCUCUGGGAAGAACUGAUUGAAAACCUUAAUGAACCGUGUCGUUCGGCAGCCGAGAAAAUGCUUUGCUUUUAUGCAUUUCCGCAAUGUCAAAGGGCGAUUGGUUUGCCCCUUUGUUACGAAGAUUGCAUGGCUGUGCGACAUGAGUUUUGUUUUAACGAGUGGGCACUGAUCGAAGACAAUAAAGAAAGGGACAUUUUUAUAAGAUCUCGUGGACAUUUUUCACUGCCAGAUUGUGAAAGUCUUCCAAAAAUUAACAAAGAUAUGGUCACUUGCUCAAAUAUUCACUUGACUGAUAUGAGUCAAGAUCUCAUUACUUAUGACUGUGUUGAAGGCAACGGGCGGUUUUAUAUGGGCAAAAUAAAUAAAACAAAAAUGGGUCUUGACUGUCAAUCCUGGAGUUCUCAAGAGCCGCAUUUUCACGACAGGCCUCCUAAUGUUUUCCCGCAAAUUAUUAACGGCGAUAAUUACUGUAGAAAUGCAGGUGGAAAUGAACCGAUGCCUUGGUGUUUUACUAUGGAUCCAAAAAUACGAUGGCAAUAUUGCGAUAUUCCAAGAUGUGAUAAUUCAACCCAAGAGGUUUUGAUCAUUGAUCCCAAAGACUUGUCAAUGGAAACUUUCUUCACGCCAUAUAUGAUUCUCAUUUUAGCAUUUAUUGGAUUUUUAAUUAUUGUCGGAACCUCAGUUGCUUUAUUAAUAAGCCACAGGUUUCAAAAGCGCCAUCAAGGUUACGGUUCCACCGAAAAUCAGGUUUUUCCAAACCCAGCGGCCACCCUGCUCCACCAAAAGCCUUUUAUCUCAAACCUCUGA